GCCAGUGUGAGGGACUACUCGCUCCCCUGCGCACAAGCUGCGGCUGAGUCUCUGGAUGAGUGCGUCAGUGCGUGUGCCGCAGUAAGCCGACUCUUCGUUUCGGGCCAACUCGCCGUGUCCGGUUGAACGACCGUUACGCAGAAGAAGAAGAAAAAAAAAGAAGCUACCGUGGACCGUGCUUGCGCCGAGUGUUCCCGUAUAUCCACGCCAGGGUGCGGGUUAUAUCUGUGCGGAAAGCCAUCUCCCGUCGUAAAUAUUGAUCCACAUAACUACAGAAAUAAAACAACCAUCAUGAGCACGCCUGUCAAAAAAGUGCCUAUUCAUUUACAGAGUGCGCAGAAUCGCCUGCUCGUGAAAAAUGGGAAGAUAGUGAAUGCAGAUGGCAUGGUUGAUGGCGACGUGUACAUUGAAGAUGGCAUCAUCAAACAGGUUGGUCGGAACUUGAUUAUACCUGGUGGCACUCGGGUAAUAGAUGCAAGAGGAAAAUACAUUAUCCCUGGUGGAGUUGACCCCCACACUCAUUUCCAACUGGAACUCAUGGGAGAGGUUUCUGUCGAUGAUUUCUACCAAGGCACGAAGGCAGCGCUGGCUGGUGGAACCACAACUAUAAUUGACUUUGCUAUUCCAAAGAAAGGAGAGUCCUUGCUGGAAGCAUACGAGAAAUGGAGACAGUUGGCGGACGAGAAAGUCUGUUGCGAUUAUGGACUGCAUGUGGGAGUGACUUCAUGGUCAGAUAAGGUUAAAGAAGAAAUGGAAAUCUUGACAAGCAAGCAAGGAGUGAACUCGUUCAAGGUUUUCAUGGCCUACAAAGAUGUGUACAUGCUGAGGGACGGAGAAAUAUACAAUGUGUUUGAGACAUGCAAAAAGUUGGGGGCUGUGGCAAUGGUGCAUGCAGAGAAUGGAGAAAUCAUCGAAGAGAAUGCAAAGAGGUUACUGGCUUCCGGCGUGACUGGGCCGGAGGGACACCCACUCUCUCGUCCAGAGGAGGUGGAGGCAGAAGCUGUGAACAGGGCUUGCGUUAUAGCAAACCAGGUAUCUUGCCCUCUGUAUGUUGUGCAUGUAAUGAGCAUUUUGGCAGCCAAGUCUUUGGUAGCGGCUCGCAAAUGGGGAUACAAGCUGUACGGCGAAACUCUGGCCGCGUCUCUGGGCACAGACGGGACCAAUUACUUGCACUCGUGCUGGGACCAUGCCGCGGCACAUGUGGUCAGUCCGCCCCUGCGCAAAGACCCAGGGACCCCGGCCUUCCUCUUCGAGCUUCUGUCACGCGGUGACCUUCAGGUGACUGCCAGCGACAACUGCACUUUCACGACCAGCCAGAAGGCUCGAGGCAAGGGCGACUUCACUAAGAUCCCUACUGGCGUGAAUGGCGUCGAGGACAGAAUGUCAGUUGUGUGGGAAAAAGGUGUUCAAGAAGGAAAGCUAGACCCAAUGCAGUUUGUGGCUGUGACCAGUACAAAUGCAGCAAAGAUAUUCAACAUUUACCCGAAAAAGGGCUGCAUUGCCGUUGGAUCCGACGGUGACAUUGUGGUCUGGGAUCCAAGCAAGACUCGUGUUAUCUCUGCCAAAACGCACAAUCAAGCUGUUGACUUCAACAUUUUUGAGGGAAUGGAAUGUCAUGGAGUUCCAGAGUAUGUCAUUAUCAGCGGUAGAGUAUGUGUGGAUGAAGGUAAUCUGAAAGCUGUUCAAGGUUUUGGGAACUUCGUAUCCAUGCCAUCACAUCCACCCUUUGUCUACGAACCGGAGAAAUUUCUGGAGGAUAAGAAACGGGAACAGGUGACUCCCGUGCCCGAGAUUCAAACAAACGGUGAACAAAACGGUGGCCACCUCAAUGAUGCUGCGGCUCCAGUCACGGAGAGAUCGCCAAGAGAAAGUUCUCCAGUCUCUCCAGCCAGUACUGAGUCAAAUUAUUGUCCAUCAAGCAAAGGACAGCGAAAUUUGCAAGAUUCCACAUUUUCUAUUAGUGUUGAACUUGACGACAGCGCCCCAAGGUCUUGCAUCAGAGUGAAGAACCCACCAGGAGGGCAGUCGUCAGGAGGUUUUUGGUAAACUUGCAAGUUUACCAUCAAGUGUUUCAAGUGUGGACACAAGGGAUUUGACCUGUUGCUAUCAGAUAUGCUUAAGCUUUACAUCAGGUUGCCUGGGUAUUCAAAAAAUAUUAGCAAAACAGCAUUUAAAAGAAAUUUUUGGACAAAAACUUUUUGAAUUUUUUUAGGAUGUUAUACAACCUGUAGCUCUGAAGUGAAUUUUUCUUAUGAUGAAAAUUUCAUAGUUGUACAAGGCGAGUUACAUCUGGCACUGAAUGGAAAUGGUUACAGUGACUUAUUUUCUGGUGUAAUUGUUUAUUGAAAACUUGAAGCAAAUAUUUAACUGAAGUUUGUAUUUAAAUAGUUGAAAUAGUUUUAUGUGGUUUGUAUGAUAACUAGUUGUAAGUGAAGUGAGAGUUGCUGUGACAUAACAAGAUUUUGAUAAUCUUUGCUCUAUGAUGUAGUAAGCAUUUCCUGAUACAAACUUGAGUGUACAAAUACACAUUAGUUGUUUUAGUGUAACGUAAUAGUUGUUCUGUUAGCUUUACGCAAGGUGGCUGCCAUAGUGGGACCAUCUGUCAUUGCCAUUUGUUCGUUGCUAGCCAAGGUUGAUGGGAGAUUACAACAUGCAGACUAUGUUAUUGCACAGGGUUUAAGUUUGCGAAACUGUCAGUAUGACGUAAUUUUGUUUGUCAUUCAUUAUAUUAUGUUUCUCGUACAUGUUAAAUAUCACUUACCAGCUAAUACCAAUAACAAUGCAACAGCUCUCUCACCAAAAUAUAAAACCAAAAUACAGAGUUUUUCUCAAAUUACAUAUUAAUUUUGCCACAUCCUGCACAAUAGUUUCUGCUACUUGUCCUGCAUUAAAUGUAAACUGAUAAUUAACAAUUUUUUUCUUAUUUUGUUGGUUUUUAAGUAAAUCAUAGCAAAAAUAAUAUCUUUUUUUAGCAAAGAGAAGUACCUAUAUUAUCUCUCAUGCUUGCAUUUUAAUAGUCAAGUUAAUUUGAUGAAACUCAGUGUGGGUAUUUUUACAAAUAAAGCCCCUAAAGUCUUGAUACAAGGUUAGGGUAGGUACCUUGAAAAUGCCACUUGACAAAAAGCACUGUGUGUUAUUUCUGCAAUGGAAAUAGGCUACAGUUUGAACAAUGUCCAGUAUUCAUAGAAAGUGAAGCGACACACACACUGUCGGGAGUAAUAUAGCUUCUCAAAAAACCACAAAACAGUAAAGAACAUCAUGCUGAAACAGUAGUUUAUUUGUAAAAUUUUCCAAAAGCCCAUUUGCUAUAACAUAAUACAAAGCCUUAGGUUUUAUAAAACUUUGCUAGAGUACAAUGAAGAAAUAUUUGAAGAUUUGAAAAUAUCCUUUAUUGGUUUUCAACUUUAGAUCCUACUGAAGAAUGGAUAUUUAGGUAAGUUGUUGUAGCUUGCAGACUGCACAUUGUGUAAAAAGUUAAAAAAAAUUAUAACUUUUUAUUUACAAGCACAAGUAAAAAAAAUUACAUUUUUAUGUAAAAUAUUUAAUUUAAAUUUUAAUAAAUAAAUUAUUGUACUUUUCAUUGAAAUAUAAUUGUCGAGACAAUAAAAAGUUACUAGUGUACAAAUAUUCACAUUACUGAUAAUAUUUAUGUGUAGAUGUUAUGAUUACGGUUAUUAUACAAACAGUGAAUGAUACAAAAUAUAGGAAAGUGUUAAACAAUGAAAAUUUAUUUUGCUUUAGCAUUUUGGGACCUCAGAUUAAUUAUGUAAAAUGCUAUAAUAUAGAAAAAAAAUGGUCUGCUCUAUUAAUAUUUUUCACUUAUGACAUUUACAUGCUCCAUGUAAUUUUCAUCCAUUUUAUAGAAUUCAAGGAUAGGGCAUGCAUUGCACAUUAAAAAAUGGUUACAAAAAUUUAGUACCUCACUGAUCACACAACUGAGAUAAGAGUUGAUAGUAUAAUUGUCAGGAAAAAUAAGUUUCUUAAUAAAAAUAAUAAUGUUACUUACUGAACGCCAUUAAAGCUUUUGGAGAAUGUACUACUUUAUCUAAAUUUAGUACACAUACAAGAAUGUUAUUUAAGAAAUAUUGCAAAGGAUGUUAAUGCGCACAAAACUUGUAAUGUGGAUCUGACUUUGUCAGAGUUUGCUAGGUGCCUUUAUGUAUACUAGCUAACGUGAGUCUCAGGUGCAGUCUAUCACGCUCUUACACUAACCCAACCCACACUCUGGUUCAGUUUUCAAAGUAUAUACCUACAUUCUCAUUUGAAUGUUGGCUUGAAAAAAUUAGUCAUAAAAUGCUAUUAUAAUCUAUUAUAAACCUAUAGUUAUAUAAUUGGCGUGCUUUAAAAAUGAAUUUAAAUGAAAAUGUAUGUUAUCAAACAGAAAUACUUGUAAUAUGAUUUACAAAACUACUAUUACACUUGUUAUACAAAUCUUUUCAAUUUCAAUUUUUUUACAUUUAAUUACAGCUAAAAUCAAAUUUGCCUUAACUUUGUAGAGCAAUAGAGUUGAUUUGUUUUAAACAUAUAUAUUAUUUGCUUGUUAUUUAAAAGUAAAGUUACUAAUAAUUUUUUUCUUCCCCUUUUUUAUCACUUAAAUAAAAUUUUGUAGUAACUGUAAUUUCUGAUGAAAUAAAUAUAACUCAGAUAAAAAAAUUUUAAUUUAAGCAUUACAAAAAAUCAGUCUGUUACUGGACAUUGGACAUCUUGAAAUUGUCAGGCUGGUUGAUAGCAGUCUCCAUUGUUCAUCUGGAGCAUCCUGUGUGCUCACCUACAAUAAGGAUGCAUUUGCAGUCUGCAUGUUUCAUGCUAUGAGUAGAUACACAGUUCUUUGCCAGGAGACUGCUCUACAACAGGUCUAUAAAUUUCCAAACCUGUCUAUCAGUCACCAAUUUUAUAACCUCGAUUUUUGAUGAUAUUAGUUUCCUUUCUGAUACUACCAAAAUGGACUUCUUGGCUUGAAGUGGAAUUGGCAUCAUUCUUGGGUUCUAGGUUGAAAUAUCGCAUCGUGAAUGCAUUACAGCAAUCAUAGAUGUGUAGCGUGCCAGGGGAAUCAAUGGUGCAUAAGGUACAAUAUGUUAUGAAUUAGAAUUCUGAGCAGUUUGUGUUCAAUUAAACUGUAGCUGUUUCCAAAUAGGGACUUUUGAAAUAUUGUAGCAAAAAAAUUUUAUUAAUUUGUCUUACAUUUUAUUCCCAAAAGUUUGGGUGAUUCUUUAAAAACAAAGGUUUGGCAAAUUUAAACAAAAAUUUGUUUUUCAAAAUCCGUGCAACAAUCUUAAUGCUUUUAUGUAAAUGUUUCAGGGAAAAAAGUACCCUAGCCUAUAAGAUAUAUGAAAGUAUUGUAGAUGCUUUUGCGGUCGACAUGUGGAACUUAUUGUACUUCUUCCAACAUUUCAUUGCUGGUGUUAUUUCGCUAUACAAUGUGGUUAAGGCGAUAUGAUUACAUUUUUUGUAACAGUAGAACUUUUAGUAAAAAUUACAUUACAAAAAUGCUACAUGGAAAUGCUUAAUUGUGGUAUGGACUUAUCUUUGAUCUCAUUGGAAAGCUUAGUCACCAAACAAAUAAUCUUGAAAGUAAAGAUUUUUCUUUUCCUUUAUUUUGAAAGUCAUUAUUUGAAUCAUGCUUUGUUACAAGUGGCUUCAAAACUUUACUCUUUGUAGUUACAGUUCCUAACAUGUGGACAAAAUGAGCUUUAGAAAUGUCACCAUCUUGUACACAAAUUAUGUAGUUUUUGUUAAGUAGUACUAUCAUUAAAAAUUUUUAAAUGUUUAUGCAGGAGGUAUUUACAGGCAAUAUAAUAUGCCCCAAAUAACAACACUUACAAUACAUUGUUUUGGCAUGUGCCUAGUUUUUCUUGUGGUGGUGCCAAAAUAUCUUUUCUAAGAUUGUUAUUAAUUAUGGUCUGAGUUGUCUGUUUUUGUGGCCUUCAAAUGAUAAAAAGUUGGAGUUCCGACUUGUAAACAUUGUUUUUAUGGAGCUUUGAAGCAAUGUUGAUGAGAUAGUGGUCAGCAUGUGUGUGCAUACAUUUGACGGUAAUGCUUAAAUACAUAUGCAUAUCACUUACAAACUAUGGCUAGUUUUUUUAUGUAGUUUUGUGAGUGUUUGUGUAAAAAUUUAUUGCUGUUGGGUUUGUGUAAAAAUGUUACAAAAUCAGUUAAUAUAAUUUUUUUUAAUGGUUUCAUAAAAAUGUUUCCUUCUUUUACAUAUGUAACUAAAAUAAAUAAUGUGUCUAUAAUAAUUUUCUUAGCACGUUAAAAUAUUUGAUGGUACAACUCAAUCAAAAUUGGGAAACUAAGACGUGCCUUAGUAAAAAAGAGGUAAAAUUAAUUUUUCCAAAAUUAAUACUUAUGCUUUUUCUUUUUUCAUAAAGUAUCAUAUUUAUAUAUUUUAUAUGAAAAUAUACCAAUUUUUAAUAUGUUUCCUUACUGAAAAAUUCAAUUAAAUUCUAUUCAUGUAUGAUUACAAAAAUGUUAUAACCUCUUUUAUAAAGAAAACUUAAACUUGUUUUUUAAAAUUUAAAAACUAAACCAUAUUUAUUUAUGGGAAACUUUCUCUACUAUCUUUGAACAUUAACAGUGUAAUUUGUGUGGCUGGAAGUAGUGUUAUUUUAAUCUUCACCUUUUAUGUUUUAGGUAGGUUUGGUGCAUAUGUUACACAUACGUUGUUUUACAUAGUUUGGAGAUGCAUUGAAGUUAUUGUAAUCUGUUGCAUUAAAAUAUUAAAUUUUUAUUAUUGGUAACAUUUUAAUAUAAGACUAUAUUUGAAACUAUAUACCUAUUAUCACAGUAUAUAUGUUUCAAAGCUUUAAUGAAAAUUUCACUUUAUGGCUUCUUAUUAAAACAGUUUUAAGCAUAGUUAAUUGUUGUGUAUUAAAGAAAAGUAUUUACAGACAAGUGGUUUAUGCAUGAGCCAAAGAAAUUGUAACCAACUGCUUGUUGCAUUGAAAGUAUAAUAAUAUUUCUAUACAAGAUCUUGUUUGGAGUGGUCUAUAUUAAUUAUAUUCAUGAGAGCUUAUGUACUGUUCAUUUGUUAAACAGGAAAACAUUUUCUACAGAACAAAUUGAUGUAUGUAAAAUAUUUCUGUGAGUUCUAAUUGUAAGUAUGCAGUAUCUUAAAAAGCAUGACAGCACUUUGUUCUCUGGAUGUUGUACUAUAUGGACUACAAAGAAGAAUAAAUGGUACAAGUAUAG